ACGGAAAAGAGAAGAGUAGAAUUAGUAGUACUACGGACUGGUAAGUAAUGGAUACUACUAUUAGUCAGUCCAUCACCAUAUUCCUAAUCACUUUCUUAGUCUUGCUUCCCCAAAACUCAGCCAAAUUCUGGUGGGAAGUUCAUCAUGUCCACAUACAAAACCACCUGAGUGACCCCUCAGCCCAGUUACUAGUGCACUGCAAAUCAAAGGAUGACGAUCUUGGACUUCAUUAUAUUGCAGUAAACGACUAAUUUCAAUGGCACUUUCGUAACGAAGUUUUCAAGCAGACUCUGUUUUGGUGUCGUUUGCAGCCAUCCAACAACAUUAGAGCGGCUGCUUUUGUAGCUUACGUAAACAACGAAGAUCAAACUCCUAAGGAAUAUGGAUACCAUAAUUACUGGAUUGGUAAAGACGAUGGAGUGUAUUCCAAAAGGAUAAAUCACAAUAAUAAUCAAUGGGAAGAAAAACUGCAGGUUCGUUGGGAAUAGAAAACAUGAAUUAGUUCAGAAACCUUAGUGCACGACAAGAAGAUCAAUGACAUACAACAAUAUAGUUGUAUUUUUGUUUGAAUCGAUAGAAUAAUUACGCUUUAUACAUUUAAUAAAUUUUCACUUUGUUCGUCGAUCGAAUUGCUUCUCAUUUACCAGUUCAUGGAAACAAUCGAAUAAAUUAUUUAUAUCCUAUAACUCGCUACACAUCAACGACAAGUUUAAGGAUUAAAUGAAUAGCAUUAGGGGAUUGAGUUGUUUAUGAUUUAACAACUCGACUAGGCUUGAAAAAUGACACGACUCAACCCACAUUUUUAAAGAUCAAAUCCAACUUUUUAGUGAGGGCAACAUAGUUUUAAUUUUUAUUCUUAUAUAUUAUUUAAGAGACUCAAACAUAUUAUCUCUAAAUAGAAGACCAACAAUAAAAUCGCUUGAUUAAACCUUUGUUCACAUGAAUUAUACUUUUAAGCAGGCUACAUUUCAAUGUCAUCCAGUUUAACGGGGCAAUGUUUCAGUUUCUUCCAACUUUGACGAAUGUAAUAUUCACAAGGAAUUCGAUUGCUCUAAAGUUCACAUUUGUUCCCAUGAAAAAUACUUUUGUUCACUAAAUUUGGUUGUGACAAAAAAAAAUUUACGCCACAAAAAAAACCAUGUAACAAUCUAAGAACUGCAAAUUUAUCUUCCCUAUAUCACAUUGAUGCUAGUGAUUUGGUAACGAAGAUCGAGAUUAUCAUGCCAACCAAGUAACAUAUAUUCAUGACGGUGUUAUACUGUGGAAAUUAUGAGGGAAUGAGUCCAUUGUUUAGCAAUGUAGGUGAACUCAUGUGGAUAUAUAUUGGGUAUUUUUGCUGCUUUUUUGGUGUCUAUGCUGUUGUUUUUCGUCUCUUCCAUCCUGCCCUUGGUUCAGUUUUACUUCUCUCAUUAGUCUCAUAUAUUGUGUAAUCCCUUAAGUAAUGAAACUGUCGCAUCCUUAUUAAAAGAAUGUGAUUUAUAAGUGUUUAGUGUUUUGUUAGUAAGGGUUGUAAUAGUAAACCCACAUAGUUACGUUGGAUGAUAAUACCCACAGAGCUUAAAGUUUGUAUACAUAUUCACACACAAUAAAGAAAAGAAUGACUUGUUACAAACAUCUAUUUUUAUAAUCAAAGAGGAAAAUAUGGUUAGUAUCAAAACGAUCCUUUACAAGUGAUUGAUUUCGUGGAUUGUUUGUGUAGGGCGCUUGCUGUCUGAAGGUUUGGUGGAGCACAUUUCACAUGUACAACUUGUAGAUGGAUUAUCCACUGGAAUGUGAGUGAAACGAGAACUACUCAGUAAAUGGAAAAAGAGCCCACAUCAAAAUGGAAAAUGGGUGUGAAAUCUUCUAAUUUUUCCAUCUUCAUUUUACAAAAAGGGCAAAUAAACUAUAUGCAGAUUUAUUGUUCUUUUUCAAUGUUUGUUUCUCUUUUUCAACUUCAUUUUUAGUUGGGGGUUUAUGAGUUUUGGUUGUUGGUUGAGUUUGAUUUUGAUGAAUUUGACCAUGUGAAUUAUUUUAAUAUUGAUUUGGAUGAUGUGGCAAUUUUAAAUGUAAAGUUGAAAGAUGGUGAAGGGAUUGUUAUGUGAUUUAAAAUUUGCAACGAUCGGAAGAGAAGCUAAACAAUGCACGAUCCUUCUACAAUAAAACGAAAAAAAUAGUUGUCUUCUUUGGGAAAUACUUGGCUGCAACCUAGGUAGCAGCUCGCUCCUGCUACCCCUCCACAUGUUAUCUCCUCAUUGGCCCAUUUUCUUAAUUUUUAUUUAUUUUUAUUUUUAAAGGGUAAUGCUAGCAGCUGUAAGAAUGAAUGAGUCCCGCCACCGCUGAAGUCGGAUAGAAGUCCCAAAGAUUUCUAAGAACCUCAAUUAAGAAGGGAUCAGUUCCGUCCCGCUAAACAUCGUCACCGACGUCCAUCCGAUGAGAGGAGCUGGGGCAUGGGGCGUUCUUUCAAAGCGAGCUUCAGACGAACCUUACCAUUGGACGACCCGAGGGUCGGAGAAGCUCGAAAGCUCGGAUCGCCGUUGGGGACUCAUCGGAGUCGAGAUAUGAAAGAGAGUGAUCUUCAAGGCCCCAACGAGAGGUUUGGGCGUCUCCGAUGGCCUUGAGAGCAAGAUCUUCAAAGCAAGGACUGAAUCGACGAUUAGUCGGGUCACCGGGAGGGUGAAUCGGCGAUCGGUGGAGUCGGAGUCGUCGGCGUGAGUGGCGAGCCUGUGAUCGGAGUUUUUAGCGGCACUGAUUCAUUCAUUCUUACUAACUACUAGCAUUACCCUAUAAUUUGGAAUGUGAAAUAUAAAUAAAAAAAGGGCCAAUGAGGAGAUAACAUGUGGAGGGGUAGCAGGAGCGGGCUGCUACCUAGGUUUUUAUUUUAUUUCUGAGUGAUAUCAAUGAGAAAUAAUAGUUAACCUUACAAUUCUACCGAGGACCACCUAAAAGACUCUAAAGAAGCCACCCCAAGAAAUCAAAAGAUUUUAGCUCUACAAGAGACAAAGGAGUGCUUUACGCGCCACUCUAUGGGUAGCACUGAUGGCGUAUACAAACAGACAAAGAGCUAAGGAUCUGGAGACACUCUCGUAACACCGGACCACCAAUAAAGUCUUCUUGAUUAUUUUGCAGAUUCUGUUUCUCUAGCUUUUCCACGUUCCGUUGACAUCUUCCCUCCAAAUAUAGGGAAACCCUUCUCAACCAAACUUUUCCCGCUGCAAUUCUGCAUCGUCCAAUUUUUUUUUUCUAACCUCUUUUCAUUUCUCCAAUGUAACGAACCCCAUUGAAAUCUUCUGGUUUCCUUUUAAAAAACACAAGAACUCCAUCCCUUUUUCGCGUCGAUGAGCCUGAUUCCAGACUUCAAUCGACACAUGAAACAGUAAAAAGGAAAAAAAGAGACUGAUCAUUGUAAGAAAAAAGAAGAAAUAAUGGCUUCUUUCUCACCACCUUCUUCGAUUAACUUUCACCUCGUUCUGGUGACUAUUCUAGUGGCCGCCGUUUGGCUUUCCGGCCAAGCAGAUGCCUCGCCCUCGGACACCGUGAUAGAUUCGCAAUUGCUGACCAAGAAGAUCGGGACGAACCGGACGAUCAAGGUCGAUCUCGAGGGAAAUGGAGAUUACAAGAGCGUACAGGAAGCCAUUGAUGCGGUUCCUCUCAUGAAUCCUGACUGGGUAAUCAUCCAUAUAAGAAAAGGAGUUUACAGAGAAAAGGUACACAUCCCAGCCAACAAACCGUACAUAUUCUUGAGAGGAAAUGGGAAGGGAAAGACCCACAUUACUUGGUCUCAAAGCUCGACGGACAACAUGGAAUCUGCAACUUUCAAGCUCGAAUCCCCUAAUUUCAUUGCCUUCGGAAUCAGCUUCCAUAAUGAAGCGCCGGUCGGAGAGGCGUUCACGUCGCAGAACCAGUCGGUGGCGGCAUUCGUCGGCCACGACAGGGCGGCGUUCUACCACUGCGCCUUCUUCAGCAACCACAACACCCUGUUCGAUUACAAGGGGAGACAUUACUACGACCAUUGCUACAUCCAGGGCUCCAUCGAUUUCAUUUUCGGUCGCGCCAGGUCCAUCUACUAUGGAUGCGAGAUUUUCGUGAUAGCGGACUUCAGGGUGAACAUCCACGGAUCUGUGACGGCGCAGAACAGGGAAGAACCGGACGAGAGCGGAUUCGUCUUCGUGAAGGGGAAGGUUUACGGGAUCGGAAUGGUGUAUUUGGGAAGAGCGAAAGGUGCGUAUUCGAGGGUGGUUUUCUGCAAGACUUACCUCUCGAAAACCAUCGCCCCUGAGGGAUGGAGUAACUGGAGCUACGAAGGAGGCACAGAGAAUCUGUUCGAAGCAGAGUACCAUUGCUUUGGGCCUGGAGCUGAGAAGGAGAAACGCGCUCCGUGGGCCAAACAGCUCACGGAGAAGGAAGCACAGGAAUUUAUGUCAAUUGAUUUCAUUGACGGCACGCAGUGGCUCCCUGUUUGGCUAGACGAUUAAGGAAAAAACAAAAGUUCCCAGUGGUUAUCAUGUAUAAUCGUCACUUAAUCUUGCCAUUUUGGGCGUGAUUAAGGUUUAAUUUCAUGUGUCUCGAAUUUAAGAUUUUUAUACGGCUAAUGCGUCGUCCUUGUUCCUUAACGUUAAUUACUUUUCAAUGAAUAUGCUAAUUUCUCAACAAUAUUUAUUCGUUUAAUAUAUUAAUUUUAUUUGGAGAGUGAAUUCAUUACAUAAUCAUCGCCUAAUAAUAACUUGCACCCACC